CCUCCCGACCACCAGGGGCGGUCUUCUGACCACCAAGCAGGAGGAGUGCCCUUUUACGUUCUCUGACAGCCCAGCAUACCUCCGGCGACAAAAGGAGCUGGAGGACUCUAAGCGCGCGGCCCUUCUGGAGUCGAAGGACGAGACCCGCGGCUUUAUGAGAAGCGUCGAGGAGUUGGGCAGGAAGCAGCAGUGGGACCAGGCCCUGCAGGUGCUGGAGCGCAAGACGUCGGUGCCCAGCGGCCUCUUUUUGGUCGUCCGGGCGGUGCUCAGAUGGAGAUUCGGCAGGUAUGCGGGUGCUCUGCAGGACGCGGAGGAGGCGCUGCGCAAUUACGGUAGCUCCAGCCAGGCCGGGCCGCUGGCCGCGGCCUUCCUGGCGAUCGCGAGGACUUGCGCCAGGUCGGAGGCGCGCGACAGAGGCUCGUGCAGCAAGGAUAUGAAGGUGCUGGUCGCCGCCUGGGAGCAGGCGGAGCUGAAGGUGCUAGAUAGCCACUCUCUCGGCCAGGGCCUUUUCCACCCGCGCGCGGCCGAGCGCCUGCCCGAGCCGCAGGAGGUCGUGGAGGGCAUGGAGGCUCGCGAUUGCAGCUACGUCGCGGCUUCUGGAGUCCGUGUGGGCUACACGCUCUUGCUGAACAGGCGGGACCAGCACGCGCCGCUCGUCGUGCACUUCCACGGCAGCGGCGAGACCGCCGCGGACUACCGCAGCGGCGCCCUGGCCCAGAGGUACCGCGACUUGCCUGUGCACCUGCUGGUAGUGGACUACCGGGGCUACGGCUGGUCCGCUGGCCAGCCAUCGCUCGCGACGCUAUUGAAGGACGCCGAGCCUCUCGCGGAGAAGCUGCCGGAGAUCCUGGUCCAGGCCAGCCUGCCGUGGCCAUACCCAGGCGGCCUGCUGCUCUCGGGCCGAUCGCUGGGCGCCCAGGUUGCCGUGCACUUGGCGGCCCUGUACCCGAAGCUCUUCAGAGCGUUGGCUCUGGACUCUGCGCUGGCAACUUCGGCCACCGGCGACCGACUCGGGCGUGCACCGGAGAGGGCUGCUGCAUUGGCAUGCUGGCGCAAGGAGCUGGCAGACGCCAACCUGGAGAUCCUGCAACCCACGGACACCGACUUCUGGUGCCUGAGCGUGCUCGAGAAGAUCAAGGCCUAUGACGGGGAACUGUUAGUAAUGCACGGCCUGGCCGACGAGGUGGUACCGUACGACGGCAGCGAGAGCCUCCACGCCGCGUGCAGCUCCCGCCAAAAGGAGCUGGUGCUCAUCGAGGGCGUGGGGCACAACAACAUCGGCAGCGCCGACGAGUACUGGUCGGCGCUGAAGCGGCUGAGCCUCAAAGUGCAGCUCGACGAUCAGCUGCCCUCCGUUGGCCCCACAGUGGAGCACCUGUGCGCGGUCUGCGCCGAGAAGGCCUCCAGCAAGUGUGGGAGGUGCCUGAAAGUGUGGUACUGCGGGAGGGCACACCAGGCGGAGCACUGGAAAGCUCAUAAGCUCACCUGCGCCGGGGGACCCCCCGAGCCGAAGCCGAAGGUGCAGCCAGAGGGGGAGGCCUGCGUGGUGGCGGUCUUGACCCCCGUCAUCGACCUGAGGGUCGAGGCGACGCAGCUCGCGACCGCGCUGCAGGCCCUCGGAGCUCAGGAGCAGGCCCCGCAGGCCAUCCGCGUGAGCUGGUACGCCGCCUCCGAGGAGCUGAUCGAGACCGUGCGGCGGGUCCUGGACGAGGCGAGAGCAGCGCAUCCCACCGUGCCGAUCAGGGACCAGCAGUGGGCUGCCCAGGGUCGGCCCCAGCAGUUUGCGCUCCUGCACGCGGUCGUGCCCGCAGUGGUGUCGGAGGAGCCUGGCCACGCCUGGGUGAUGUUCCCGGACCCGGCCCAGUUCUGGAGCCCCAGGGCCGUCGCGCUGGUGCUGCCCGUGAUCCGCCGCGCGGCGCCGGAUGCGCGCGUCGUCGCGAUCAGCUGCUCACGCAUGGCCAGGCCAAGGGGACAGGAGAAGUUGAGGCUGACGGAGGCCGUGCAGGUUGACGCGGCGCUCUCCUCGGGCGCCGCGGCGCUGUGCGAGUCCGAGCAGGCAGGGCUCGCAGACCUCGUCGUGCGGACGAGGUGGCUGCAGUCGUUCAUGGAUGCCACUCCCGAGGCCGUCCUCUCUGUCUCUCACGAGCUCUGCCUGCACCGCUUCACGCACCGCCUCCGGCACACCUUCGGGAAGAAGGUCCAGGACUUCGUCCCGCCCGACGGCGAGUGGAUGCGGUGGUCUGCGGGGAAGCCGGCCGAGGGCUGCGGCGCCGAGGCGGCGUCUCAGGCCCUCGCGGGCGGCGACCACGAGCUGGGCGUGCGCCUCCUCGAGGGCCUGCGCCCGCUGGGGCAGGGCAGCGAGGAGCCGGAGGGUGUCGAGGCAGGCGGCCGCCCGAAGGCGCCCUUCGCGGACGCGGGGGAGGCAGGCGCCGCCGUGUCGGCCCUCAGGAGGCAGAUCGAGAAGGCUGUCGUCCUCCACGCGGGCGAGAAGCUGGCGGAGAGGGACCUUCGGUCGCUGGCCAUGGAGCACGUGGGGGCCUUCCUCGCGGACAGGGGCCUCCGCGAGCUGUCCGGGAUCCACAGGUGGGCCAAGUCUGCGGCGGCGGAGCUCUCGAGGAGAGCGGCGGAGCUCCUCGAGGUUGAGGUGGUGGCGGCACAGGCCGAGUGAGGGGCACCGCUUUGACGUGCCCGCUGUUAAGCGCGGUUGCCCCGCGAGGCCGCUGCGGCGCCCCCGCGCUCCAGUCGGCCGGGGAGCUGCCCGCUGGAGGCCUGACCGGCCGAGGCCGCGGUGGACAAAACGAGCGCACGGAGGCCAGCAGCGAGCACGAGUGGCAGCAUGGCCGAAGCUACCCCCACCCCGACCGGGCC